UAAAAUAGCCAUUUUCCCAGGCGGGCGGGCGGGCGGCGCAGCGCCGCUGACAGCGCCGCGCUCGCUGCUGUGCCCGUGGUCUGCCCCGCUCUGCCCGGCUCUGCCCCGCUCUGCCCCGGCUCCUGCCGCUCCUCCGGGGCCGGCCCCUCGCUCUGGGAUUAACUCGCCUCUGGAGACAUGGUCCUGGCCGAAUUACUUAAAGACACUUGAGCACAGGUUUCCCCCCAGCAGUCAGCCAGAUUUCUCAAUGGAGCCCCGGAUCCCCCACAACAUCACCGUUGUCCCCAACUCUGCCAUGGUGCAGCCCUUGCUGGACAGUCGGAUCCCCUACGGGCGGCUGCAGCACCCGCUGACCAUCCUGCCCAUCGACCAGAUGAAGACCACCCACAUCGAGAACGACUACACCGACAACCCCAGCGCCUCCCAGCCGCCGGCCCAGAAGCGUCCCCGAGCCCCCCACGAACCGGGCUCGGCCGGGCAGCACCCGCAGCGCUGCGAGCAGGAUGUCACCCACCCCUGGAUCUCCUUCAGCGGGCGCCCCAGCUCCAUCAGCAGCAGCAGCAGCACGUCCUCAGACCAAAGGCUCCUGGACCACAUGGCCCCGGUGCCCGUGGCGGAGCAGUCGUCCCCCCGCGCCGUUCGCAUCCAGCCCAAGGCCAUCAACUGCAAACCCCUGGAGCUGAAGGGCCCCGCGUCUCAGGAGCUGGACAAGCACUUCCUGCUGUGCGAGGCCUGUGGGAAAUGCAAGUGCAAGGAGUGCGCCCUGCCCCGGACUCUGCCCUCGUGCUGGGUGUGCAACCAGGAGUGUCUGUGCUCGGCGCAGAACCUGGUCAACUACUCCACCUGCAUGUGCCUGGUCAAGGGCGUCUUCUACCACUGCACCAACGAGGACGACGAGGGCACGUGCGCCGACCACCCCUGCUCCUGCUCCCACUCCAACUGCUGUGCCCGCUGGUCCUUCAUGGGCGCCCUGUCCCUGGUGCUGCCCUGCCUGCUCUGCUACCUGCCGGCCACCGGCUGCGUCAAGCUGUCCCAGAGAUGCUACGACCAGGUGAGCCGGCCCGGAUGCAGGUGCAAAAACACAAACAGUGUCAUUUGCAAGGCAUUGCCCGAGAGCAAAGGGGCAGAAAAGCCCUUUUAAUAGUUUGGGAGGACGGAAUUGGGAGGCUGUUCCGCGGAGCAGGGUGGUGUUGGCUCUGUUUAACAACCUGUGUUCUGAGGAGAGCGUCAGCCUCUCGCCUUCGGAGAAAGCGGAAGCAACUAUUUCCACAGACUGAAGCACUUUGGGUUAUUCAGGGUUUUUGGAACUGGUCGCAGUUUAAAUAGAUGGGGCCAAAGGAGGAAUGUUAGUAAUGCAGAGGGAAGGCUGCAAACCCAUGUACACCAUGAAGUACAGCUGCUGAAAUCUCCCAGCUUGGACAGACGGCUGCUCACCAGGCCUGCACACCACAGGAACCAUUAACUGCUCGCUCGGCAGGCACCGCCUCACAACCAAUCCCCCAUUCCCAGCUGCAAAAAGCUGCUUUGGAUUCAGAUUCAGGGCGGGCUACUUGCUUCCUGUCUCCUUCCAAACCCCAGCUCGCUCCCAGCAGCCUGCUGAAGGUGAUGGGGGAACUCCCUGCACCCUCCUUCCCUCCUAGUCACCACUCCAAGGGCUGGUUGCACACAAAGUACGUGUUUCCCAAAAGCUUUCUGUCUCCCUCAAAGAUUUUUGGACCACAAGUGAAGCUAGAUUUCAUUUGUUGAAGGGUCUUCUGCCCUUUGGGUGUAUCCCACCUGGCCCCACUGGUUUGGACCCUCUUUGUAAAGCAAGAUGGUAGCAGGGCUGCUCCUCCCAGGGGGAAUUGCAGCAGGAUGUGUUCAGGCAGUUGUAUCAACACCGAGUCCUCCUGCCUGUAAGCUGAUCCGUGGCAUAAGGUUUCACUGGAUGGAAUAUGAAUUUUCCCUCCACAGAACAGCCCCUCUCCAGGAGGAAGGGGGCCAGUCCCAUUUCCCCCAGGCCCAGCUCGCUCCCCGGUGCCGGAGCAAAGGGGAGGUAACCCAAGCCACAAAGCGAAGUCGGGCGGGGUUUGUUCCCUAAACCUCUUAAGCUCUGGUAAGAAGUCACACAAACCUAAGUGUACGAUGCACAUAGAUGUAUUUUUCUAGGGAUCUCAAUCCAGUACCUCCCCUCCUGGAACAAGCUCUUCUUUGCUCAUUAGAUACUAAGAUUUGUUUUUGUCUUGGGGGUAAAUGGCAUUUGCUUGAAGUACAGCACAUUCCCCCACCCCUAUUGCUGCUGUUUGACUUUUGCCUCUUCUGUACAAAAGUGUCUUUUUAAAUGUAAAGAAUGCUUUUAGUGUUUAUUUUAGUGUUAACACACACUAGGGAAAGCCAGGGGAAGGAGGAGAGUGUAGUUAACAAAUGGGCCCGUGGUUUUCAACAUGCAAAUAUUGGCUCUGUCUGUGCCCUCAUCCUGAGGCUGGUUCUGCCUUCCCCAAGGGUGCUGUGACCCCUCUCUCUUGACAACUACAAGGUGCUAAACAAGAAUCUUGGUCCAAACAUGCAACACUCUAACGAGUAGGUAGGUACUUGUUGCAUGCAGAAAACUGACCUAGUCUCUCUUGGUGUUUUUAAUUAGAGGAGAUGUCCUCAGUAAAUGCACAGCAGUGACAGUGAAAUGUCAUCUCUAAUUAGAUAAGCAAUAGGCAGAGCUCAUGUAGCAUUUCCAGGAAUCCCCUUGGCCUGGUUGUGAUGCAGCCACGGGUAGGGGCUGGCAGCAGCGUCCUGAUGGGGUUCUGGUGUCUUUGGGUUUCAGAAUUCAGCUCAGCUGGAUAUGACUUGGGGUUUAGCUCAAUUGACUUGUAGAUAUUUAUUGAAUGGGGGAGUUUAAAAAAAAAUAAAACCAACCAACUUUUCUAUUUAUAACAUUUGCUAGCUUGUACAUGCUGAAUCAUAUUAUAAAAGGAUGUAAUGCCUGUUACCAGAUACCAGUUCCUACAGGGUAGUUAACUGUAUGUGGGCACCAGGAAGCAGGUGGGGAUCCAGAGCUGUAUUUAUUAUCUUGCACAAAUUGGAGGGGAAAAGAUAAAAGGAAAACCAACCCCAAACUAGCUGAACUGUUGGUUGAAUGUAUAAGAUGUUGUAUUUAAUAAGAGAAAUAAUUUUCCUAAGAUACAAGCAAGCUAGAAAAGGCCAGCAGGAGAGGUAUUUACCUGCUGCCCUCCUCUGCUGGGACCACACAUGUCCAAAUGGCCUCCACCCAGGGCUGCUUUGCCUUUCUGACCCUCUGGCCCUGGCUGUUCCUGGGGAAUCUGAAACCCGCGCUGGCAGAGCCCACGGCUUGGCUGCACGGCCCUGUGAGCAAAGGCACGCUGGAAUUGUCACCACCGUGCCAACCUGCACUCAUGCACCCAUCCCAGCGCUCCCAGCCAGGUUUCCUCUCACUGUACAUAGCUGUAAACUAUUUCUCUGUUGCUUUGUUUGAAUCCCCAAGCCCUGUAAGCCGACACACCGUGCUGGAGCCUGCCAAGCCUCGUGGAUGUGUUCGAGCAGCGGUCAGCGUGGCAGAGUGACCCUCCCUCCUCCCCUGGGCUCCCAGCACGGCCGCUGGGCUCUGCCCCAGCCCUGCCAGCCCCGGGCAUGACAGGAAGGUGCUGAGCCCUGCCUGGAGCUGGGACAGGGCAGGGCAGGGCAGUGCCAGGGGGAGCAGCUCCCGUCAGCGGCAUCGCUGUUCCCGCUCUUCCCCAUCCAACAAUUCCAUCUCCCCGCUCCCUCUGAAGGUACUUGGCUCUCCUGCCACCCCAGAGAUGUACCAGGGGCACGGUGCCGUGUCACCGUGUCACAGCCCUCCGCCGUGCCAGGGUCAGAGCCCCGCUAACGAAGGGACAGCCGCUAACGAGCAGAGCGCUGCAGCCACGGCGCUGAGGGGCAGCUGUGGGGCAGGAGGGCAGGGCAGCUGCCCCUGGGCCCGGUGCCAUGCUCUGGAGGAGGAGGAGGAGGAUGGCAGGGCACCUGCACUGCUGAUUGCUGCAGCUCUGCUAAUUGCUGCAGCAGGCUCAGCUCGCCCCUGCCCUCGCAGAACAGCCCAGGCAGCAAGGAGGGGGACCUGAGGGUGCUGGCAAUGCCACACCACGUUCCCAGCAGCAGCAGAGUGGCCCCAACAGACAAACACCCCCUCAAGCACAGCCCUGUGCCCAGCAGGUGACAGGAGCAGAUCCCACCUUUGGUGCUCCCUGGGCACUGGCUCUGCCACCCUGAUGAGCCCUCGCCUUCCCAGCACUGGGUAUUCCCUUCCCCUCCCACGCUCAGACACCCUGAGAAAUAUUUCCCCACCUCCUCUUACCACCCCCUCACAUGUACACCCUGAAAAGUUACCACAGAAGGUUUUUCUUUGUAUAGAAUAUUUAUUUUGAAGUUCUAUUUUAAUAGUAUUUAUUUUAGAAAGUCUACUAUUGUAAGAGUUCUUCUGUUUGUGAAGAAAAACAAGUACUGAUGAAUGUACUGAUCUAGAAAUUAUAUAUAUAUAAAAAUAUAUAUUGUUAAAUAUA